AAACAGUGUGAAAAUUGCCUGUAAACAGUUGGAUCUGAGUCUCCUGAUGAAUUCAGUGUCUCUUUUAUCAAAGUGAGGAUGAGCCAGAGAGGAGAGGAGAGAAUAGGAGGGAGGGAGAGAGGGAGAGUGGGCGUGUAGGGAGGUCCACUUCCAGCUCCCCUCAGCCAAUGAAGGCUUGUCACAGGGGACUCACGUGGACGAGGCGCUCUUAAAACCUAGCUCCUGACUUUUCCUCAAGUUCAAUUUUUUGGGAUUCCCUCCCACCCCAUCACAUCUCGUCCUUUUACUUGCCAGUUGUGACUAUUUAACCCAGUUUACCUCUGCUUUUCCUCGCUUGCUUGCGGCGCGCAUCGCUCCGUCCUACGUCUUCCGCCUCUUCCCCUUCUUUCCGCUGCUGCAGCUCUCGGACUCUUCUCUCACUUUCUCUCUCUCUCCCUCUCUCUCUCUGUGUGUCUGUGCUGCGAGUUUUUGGAGGUUUUGUUGUUCUACUUUGGAGAAUUGAAGCAGUUUUUGUCUGAGUAGUUACAUGACAAGCUGCCCUCUGCGUUUUCCUCCGCUCCGCUCUACCUGUCCAUGGUCCUGAAAGAGACGGCUUCUUCUCAAGAUUACGGUGCGCUGCUCCUCCAAAAAUCCACACUCCAUACUUCUGUGUCUUUUCGUGGUUCGCAGGUGAGAUACAUUCAUAAAUAACAACCUCAUCCUCCCCCGCUGAGGCUCCUGAACUUAAACCAGAAGGAGUUUGUCCUGAAGGAAGCAAAAUAAUCGAUUUUCCAAGAGACGCAGCGGCUGCAUCGAUUUGAGGAGGACUCGUCUUUUAACUGACAGAAAAAUAAGAAAAAGCCGGAUGCAUUGACGCAACUCAGCCUGGAGAUAUUCGUCUUUCAGCAAGUGGAAAUAGCGGACACAUUUUCUGUUUUGUCGCGCAUCCAGAUCACAUUUCCGUGGAGCGGGGAAACUGGGUUUUCUUCCUUGCCUUCUGGAUCAAGUGAGACUUAAAGAUCCUCCUCCUCCUUCCCUAAGAUAAAAACUUGUCCUGAAUACCAAAUGGUCGUUUGAGGAGGCCCCGAUCAAGACAAUGGAGGCGUCCGCCAACGGGUCCAGUUUUGGCAUCGACUCGCUGCUGUCCCACAGGCCGGGAAGUCCAGUAUCCAAAGGGGACAGCCUGGUGGGAGAGUGCCGCUCGCCUCUAGAGUUCAGCCCGAGAUCAGACGCGGAGUCCGGCUGCUCGUCGCCACCGUCGCCGAGGAGAGAGUGCGUGGAUGAAGUGGCCCAGAGGCAAGGUCACGGCGUGGGCCUUCCGCCGCACCUGCAGCACGCACAGAUCUCGGCGGGGUCGCAGCAGAGGACCGUGACCUCGUCGUUUCUUAUCAGAGAUAUUCUCGCGGACUGUAAGCCUCUGGCAGCGUGCGCACCCUACUCCAGCAAUGGACAGCCGACUCAGGAGGCAGGGAGGCUGGUGUCCAAGAUAGCGGACGACUUUAUGGAGAAAAUCCACAGCAACUCAUCGUCAGACAGCGAGUACAAAGGUAAGAGCAGAAAAGAAGUGUCAGUAGACUCAGGGAGGGAUGAGAUCAGAGGGGAAACUGAUUUCUCCUCAGGACUUUUGGCUCUCGUACAAACUACCUCCAUCAUAGGCGUCCUUUUAUUUAUUUAUGUUUAUUUAUUGACAUUUUAUCUAACACGUUAUCAGCUCUGUUCGCUCUUCAUCAGCAUCUCACUGAUUCUUCUUAUUUUUGCCUUUUUUUAACCCGUAAUUUGGACAAACCAUAAUAAAAUCUGAUUGAAUUAUGAGUAAAUUAUUAGAGACAAGACUGGUACAGAACAUAUGAUUGAAUCUGGAAAAAUGAAGUCGGGCAAGAAGUUAGAAGAGUAAUGAAUUAAAUUUCAAUGAAAGCCAAAAAGCUGUAGAGGACGUUAUUGAAUUAAAGAUGUUAAAAUUAAUUUAAUUAAUAAAAGAAGAAAAAAAAAGUGAUUAAAAUGUGUUGAUUCUUCGUGAUUUAGGCCUUAGUUUGUAAAUAUUGAUACGACUACUUUUACUGAUAAUAAUAAUAAUAAUAAUGAUAAUAAUAAAAUAAUAAUAAUAAUAAAAUAAUAAUAAUAAUAAUAAUAAUAAUAAUAAUAAUGAUUCAGAAAAUUUGAGAAAAAUAAUAAUAAAAUAUAUCAAACUGGUUAUUAACAGAUUUAAAUUACAUUUCAUUUAUGAGAUGCAAUAUGUUACUGAUGCACAUGCAAAUUUAAUAAUAAUAAGAAAAAAUGUCUUUAAAGAAAUUCUCACAGUUCAAGAACUUUAUCCAAAAAUUUGGGAUUAAAUGUAAAAACACUAAAAAUGUCCAGAUAUUUAUUUACAUGGUGAUCUUUGAUUUGGUUGGUAGCAGGUAAAAGUACACCUGCAACCUUCAAUAAUAUCAAUAAUAUUGAUGGCUGUGUUAGAAGAUAUAUGACCAUUAAAAUUUGUUUUUGGAAAAAUGUAUUUAAAGAAGAAAAAUAGCAAAAAUAAAAGAUAUUUAAGUUUAUUUUAAUUAAAUUUUCCGUUAAUAUUCGACAUCAUACUCAGUUAGCUGCAGAUGACCGUGUGUGCUGUAUAAGUGUACAUGCGAAACUUUGGUGGACACACUUAAUAAGCUUAUGGGUCAAUUUUUUUCACUAUUUUUUAACUCAUAAAAACAACCACUGGCCGCAUGCUUUGCGUUACGCACGCGGCUCAUUUCAGUGAUUGUGGUGAUGAGAAGCACCAGGAAGCAUGUGUUGAUGUCAGCGAGGCAGAGCAGGGAGAGAUGACAGGGUCGCCUCCAGAUAAAUGCCAUCAAGGGCCUCUCUGUUUCCAAUCAUGUCAGCCUUAACAGACAUGUCACCGCCAUUGACAGUUUAAUGAAGCAGCGCCUGAAAGGAGGAGGACGACCGCUGCUGCUGCUGCUACAGAGGAAUUUAUCCCACUCUCAGUUACAACAUACGGACGUCUAAAGUGAAAAUUACUGGAUUAUUUUUGUCCUUUCGCGUAAAUAAAAGCCGAAUUUUCUCAUUGAUCCACUUGUAUUAAAGCGAUUGAUAUCCCGCGUCAUGUCAUCAAUUUGCUCCACGGUUUGGGGUUUGAGCGUGUGCGUGCGCGCGCGUGUCACCGCGUGGAUGGAGCUGCUCAUCGACGCGCUGAUUGAUUGAAGAAGCCGCGGGGCCCUCAGAGCGCCUGUACGGCAGCUUUGAUUUCCCCCCUCAAUCCGCCUCCUAUAAUAUUUCAGGGAUUUGAUGCAAUUUGUCCCCGGCGCUAAUCAGAUUUGUAAGCGCGCGAGGCCGCCCGGCUCUUGAUUUCCACUCAUUUCCACGGUCCUGUGAAGUUCCUCCGGUCGCGGUUGAAAGGCUCGCUCUUCCCUUGUGGCUCAAUUAGGCGGAUUAUUGUGCUUCUUGAAACGACUCAACUAUUCAACUACCAAAGAUCUCUCGCCUCUCCACGCUCGCGUCUCCCCCUCUCUUUUUCUUUCAGAGGAUAGACUAUAAGGAGUGUGUGUAUCAAUGUUCGCCCUGACAUGACACCACGCAGAAAAAGAACAAAGACUGUGGCCCCACUGACGGGGGAAAUAUCAGAUUGGGAGUGUGAAUAUUGGAAAAGCUUUUCAUAACAAUUUAAAACCAAAUCAAACAGAUCCAGAUCGCCUGUAGGCAAUGUUCCUGUCUUCACGGUUUCAGUCUCAACAUUCAUAUAGUCACUUCCUUCAGAGUAUAGAUACUAUAGAACCAGCAUUAUACUAAAACUCAGAAGAAGUAAAAAGCAGAUGGUUUGCCGUGGAUUUAUAGUAAAAUACUGUUCUUUCAAAAUAAAGCUUUCUCGUUCGUUUUCAGUGGGUGCCACCAUUUUCUUUCACUAAGUUAUAAUUUCAGCUACUUGAGGACUGCAGUUUGAGAGCUGUGCUUUUUAAAAAUUGCUAUCCGAUCGCUCGCCGAUUAUUUAUCGAAGAAUCGCUCAACCGAUAAAGUUCUUAAUUACAGUGAUUGUACCAGAAUGCAGUUUAUAAGAGUCUAUUGUGUUAGACUGUUAAAUCAGUGGUUUGUUUCAGCUGUUGUUUAUCAAAUAUUCUCAUUUUCUGGGUUAAAACUGAAGAGUUAAAAGUGCGUAAAUGACUUUAUAUUAUUUUUAUUCCAGUGAAGACUGGCCUGUAUAUCUAUGUUGUAGACGCUGCUGCACAGAUUUAUUCAACCCUCGCCUCCUUCCAUCGAGGUCGCAGGUCUAUUAUAUUUUGAGGCCUUGGUCCUAGUUUUCACAUUUUCCUCACUGUUUCGUCUCUUCUUGUGUUUAGUGAAAGAAGAGGGGGACAGGGAGAUCUCCAGCAGCAGAGACAGCCCUCAGGUCCGGCUGAAGAAGCCCAGGAAGGCCCGGACGGCCUUUACGGACCACCAGCUGGCUCAGUUGGAGCGCAGUUUCGAGCGCCAAAAGUACCUGAGCGUCCAGGACCGCAUGGAGCUGGCGGCCUCCCUCAACCUCACCGACACACAGGUCAAGACCUGGUACCAGAAUCGGAGGUAAGGGAAAACAAUGAAAUGAAAAAAAUAGGCGUGAUGCCUCUGGGGUAGGGGGGUGAGAGAGGGGAGGAGGGCUGAACGCCAUGUUGUCCUUUCACCACCAGCCUAAAGGUGACAGGGGUUCAUUUUCUCAACUGCUCACCAAUCACAGCCACAGUUUGUUUCAGUGGGUGCCACCAUUUUCUUUAAGUUAAGUUAUAAUUUCAACUACUUUAAGACAGCAGUUUGAGAGCUGUGCUUUUUUAAAAUUGCAAUCCGAUUGCUCGCCGAUUAUUUAUCGAAGAAUCGCUCAACCGAAAACCACAGUUUUUGAGGAUGUGCUUUGAACACAUUUUUCCAUCGACCAACAAAUCGAUCAUUGGCUUCGAUUUGAUAAAAGAAAUAAUAAAGAAAAAACAAUCAGUGCAGAUCUCUUGGUAACAAAGUCUAAAAGUUUUCCAACAGAGCUACACUUCGAUUAAACACAAUUUAUCAAUUAACUGGUUGUUGAAAUAGAAUCAGAUUAUUUUCGCCAAAAUUAAUCGAUUAAUUAAUCGCCUUUUUUGAAGAGACAAAGACCUAAUUUACCAAAGUUUUCCAUCAGUCCGUAUUGGACCUCAUUAACAUGCCAACAAAUGUCUGUGUAUGGCCACAGUCCAUGUCCAUUUUGUGUUAAUUUUAUUGUCAUUUAUUUAAAUUUUGACUUUAAUUUAUUGAGAAAAAAAUUAAAUACUAAAAAAAUGAAAUCACAUGACUCGGGGAGACGCUGUCAGCCCUGAUAUGUGUUUUAUUCCUGCGCCCUUAUUCAACAGUGGGUCAUUUUAAAGUUUGUAUAAUCGAUUAAUCACCCCGUAAAGUCUUAAUAUCAAGGUGUCAACUUUUUCUUAAUAAAUCAAACUGGCUAUAUUAGCGAGGGAAGCCGUCUCCCCCCAACGUGAAAACAUGUUUUCUGCAGUUUUCGCUUGACUUGACUCGCACAUUUAUUUAUUUGUCUCCAGGUUGGACUCUCGAACAGCUAAAUGACAGAAAUAAAUGUAAAAACACAACACUUUGAGGAAUGAAUAAUGCAUCGUUGCAUGUGUGCAUAUCAAUAAUUCAAACAAACCACUAUAUCUACUCAAUUAUCUUUAUUAUGAAUUAUUCACCUGCGUGGAGUGCACACUGGCAAUCGAGCAGACGUCCUUGGGUGUGAAUACAGAGGCAGGUGGAGAUUUUGGUGAUUUGAAAAAAGAAAGAGAGAGAAAAAAAAAGAUGCUUCCCUGACUUUUAAUUGGACUCCAGGUAAACAGAUGGGAGCUGUUUUAGUGUGUCAGCUUCAAACAGACUCAUAAUGCCACAUGCUUUUAGGUUAAAUCUGCGUGUUUUUUUUUCUUCUCCUGCAGGACAAAGUGGAAGAGGCAGACGGCGGUGGGGCUCGAACUGCUCGCAGAAGCAGGAAACUACUCCGCCCUGCAGAGGAUGUUCCCGUCCCCCUACUUCUACCCACAAAGUCUGGUGUCCAACCUGGACCCAGGAGCGGCCCUCUACUUGUACAGAGGUCCCUCAGCGCCCCCGCCAGCCCUGCAGAGACCCCUGGUACCGCGGAUCCUUCUGCACGGCCUGCAAGGGGGCAGUGAGCCGCCACCCCCGCCUCCUCUGCCUCCCAUGUCCGGCGUGCUUCCCCGGCCGGGUCAGCAGCGGUGAGCCGGCCCCUGCUGAGUUCUAAUGUUUUUGUUGUUUUCUCAUACGCUGACCCAGGCAGCUUUGGACAGAGAGAAAGACGUAAAAGACGUGAUAGACGCGCAGAAACAAAAAAAAAAGACAAACUGUUGAAGAAGGCCUUUUUAUGGAGCAAACUGACCAACAGACUGAACUCUGAGGAGGACGGAGCUGUGAGACUCUGACUCUCUGACUGUGUGGAAGGAUUUUAAUCUUUUUAGUUCUCAUCUUUUGGGGCAUGAGCUUUAUUUAUAAUUUAUUUAUUUGUCAAUAUGAAUCAAAGAUUCUAUGUUAUGUAUUUAUUUGAUCCCAGUUUCAGUUUUUUCAGCGUCUCUUCCUGCUGCAGACAUACUAGUGGUGGCACUUUGACCUCCAAUCCAAUGCCAAUUAGACACCAAUUAUUAUUAUUAUUAUUAUUAUGGGAAUAUUAAUUAUAAUUUUCUGAUAAGUAAUUUGUAUUUUACGCAGUUAGAGGAUCCAAAGGGACAUUUCUAUAAAUAUUUUUUUUUUCUUGAAUUUUUUUUUUCUACAGGUGAGGAACACGAUGGUCAUAAACCUGUACAUAAGAAUAUUUUUCAUUUUAUUCAACAGAGACUGAUUUUAAGAAACUUUGGGUUGCUUUUAUUUGAUCAGCGUGCGCGUCUUUUUCAGGCCACGCUGAUCCAACUUGAACAUAAUAGGCUAGAUUAGCCACCAGAAACUAUAAAAAACGAGUGACUUGGAUUAAAAUAAAGUGGGGGGAAAAAAACUAAAAAAGAAAACAUAUUUGCCUAAUGAUGAAGGACUUUGUAUACCUGUACCCAUUUCGAGGCAAACACAGGAGAGCUGCGUAAGAAAGAAGAAUCUAUAUAAAGUCUUUUCUUGUUCUUAGUUGAGGUUUUAGCGCAGUAAAAAUGUUAAGUCAUUUAUAAAAAGCAGUUUUAUCCCAGCUAAAGGGGGAACAGGGGGAUUAAACACCUCAGUAAUGUUUUAUUUUUUAUUUUCUUCUCUUUUGGAUAAACAAACCGGUUGGACUCGGGUCCAAGUGCGCAGGUGAACCUGCCUGUUGAUUUGCUCUAAAUGUAUUUGAAACAAACCUUGUGCAUUCCUUAUGUUAUUUCAUAUGAAGCCGUGAUAAUUGUUCUACUCUCCUUUGGUGAAAAUGUAUAUUGCAGAUAUCAAACUUUGUGGAGUGGUUCUCGUAUAUUUCCUGGAUCGUUUUUUUUAAAUUUCGUUUUAUUUUUAUGGAUUUAUUUCCUUCCUCUCUCUCUCUCUCUAGCUUUCCCCGAACUUUCUCUCCUCCCCAUGUGGUGAAUUUUGGGGUAAAAUUCACAGCAAAAGUUUGACAGAAAAAAAAGGGGGGGAUUUGAUGUAAAGAGAAUUACUUUUAUAAAUGUGGAAAAUAAAAGUCUUUCAUUUACGCAC